UCGGACCAGGCAAGCGCGGAGACAAGUCUCCGUAGUUCUCUAGAGAUCACUGAUUCACUGGGACGAGGCAGGGUAUGAAGCACGUCGCUAAUCCCUAAAUCCGCCCGUCUUUCGAGUAGAGUCUACUCGAGGUUGAGGUCACCACUAAGUCCUGUCGAGUCUAGUCACGAGUCAAAGUAGUUAUGGAGCAGGAGUGGACAGAGAGGGGCCGCGCCGCCGCCGGAAAUAGCCCUCAUGGGGAAGAUGGCGUUUGGAUUGGCAUAGACGUCGGGGCAUCGAGUCUUCGCGCAGCGGUCUAUAUCGACGAAGUUGGGGAAUGCUUCCCCAUCCCGAACGAGUAUUUGAAGACGUUAACUCCGGCCCUCGUUGCACUUGGGAAGAACCAUUGCCUUGUUGGCGAAUACGCCAAUCGCCAGGACGCGCACGACGCAGACUUCUUCUUUGAUUUGAAGCGCGCGAUUGGGGGGAAGUGUGCGGAUGCCAUGGGUGAGAACGAUGACCUCGCAAGUCUGUCGUUCACAGAAGAAUCGUCCGGGUUCUUGGCGAUCAGUCCGCAAUCGGGUAGGCGUGUUCCCGUUGAAGUGUUGUUGUCGCUACUGCUGUCGAGGAUCAAAAGGGAUGCUGAGAAUUUUCUCGAGACUCGUGCAGAAGCUGAAGUCGUCACUGUGAAAGCUGCAGUCAUCACCGUACCGAAAUACUAUACGCCAACGCACAAGUCUGCCAUUAACUCGGCGGCGAAGCAUGCUGGACUUCAGGUCUCCUUCAAGGAGGAUCUUAUCGCCGCGGCUACAGCUUUCUGCUUCGAUUACAGGAGGGGAUCGACCGAUGCAGUGGCGGAAAGAGCGGUUCUGUUUGAUCUCGGCGACUCCCACCUGGAUGUUGCCUGGGCGGAUAUUCGAGGCUCCAACGUGGAAGUUGUCCAAACGUUUGCAAGCGACAUGACGAAAGGCGGGAGAGUAUUCGAGGGGAGGAUAAGAGCGGGUGUGGAUGCGCGGUGCCGCAAGAAAAGGUGUCUUAGUGGAUGGCAACUGAAGAGAAAAUACAGGGAAAUCAAAGAGCAGCUCUCUUCCGACGAGACAGCCCAAGUCGACGUGUGCUUUGGGCCCUCCGGUCAUGGCACUCGAUUUCCUCAUCUGACACGCAAAGAAUUUGAGCUGUGGUGCAAGGACGACUUCAAUGCGUGCGAGAAUAUUUUGAGGGAGGCAUUCGAUGAAGCCCGGCGAACUUGUGCUGGAUCUCGGAAGGUAACAGUUCUUGUCGCUGCUGGCCGCUCGUGCAGGAUCCCGUGCGUGAGAGCCAUGCUGAAUUCGGUUGGUCGGUACGAAAAUUGCGCCGUUAUCUAUCUGGGCGAUGACGACAUCGCCCGAGGUGCAGCCAUCCUAACGCCUGGAGCGAGAGCCAGCGUGAACGAGGGCGGAGGGGGAGGUCUCGACAUGGGGCAAGAGCACUACGUCGACCAUUUUUCUUCUCUUGGCGAUUGCGACACGCCUCCGCCGAUUCAUCCCGAGAAGAAGGGACACUGGUACAAAAAAGGGUCUAUUACGGGUCUUAUCAAGUCUGUGAGACGAGGGAGUAGAGGGGGACCGGAACCAGUCCAAAAGCAGGGGGGGCAUGGCGGGAGACCAGAGGCCGGGGAACGGAACAAGGCCAACAGCAGUACGCCGCACGAUAGACAAGGCGAGGAAGGAAGUGAUAAGGCACAGCUCCCGCCCCACAAAGAGGACAUGGGAGCGCCAUUGAGCCGGGCAUAUCCUCCGCCGCCGCCUGCCCCGGGCAUAUCCGCCGCCUGCGCCGAUGAGCCAGACCUCCUCGAACUUAAUGCUUUCAGCACUCUGAAGGCUGUGAUUGAUCGGCAAGACCUGAUCUCCGAGCUUCUCCUCGGACUGAAUGGUUGGAGAACCCUGGCUGCGAUUGAUCCGGCAGGCCGAUCCUCCGAGCUUCUCCUCCGACUUCAGGCUGUGAUUGAUCAGGCAGACCGGGCCUCCGAGCUACUCCGUCUCGUAAAGAAGCUGGCGUGGCUUUUCAUGUGUUCUUCCCAGACGGCAAGGCGAAGCAGGUCCCUCAAGGCAGAGUAUUACGAGGACUUGAAGAAAAGGGUUGGACGUUUGCUUCCGGAGGAGUGUGCAAGUCAACGUCGUCCAUAUUUAUUGGUUGAUUGCUGGGACUGCGAUAGUAAAACGCAAUUUGCCCUUCUUGCGAACGAUCGGAUGACCCUCUACGACGAUGGGACGGACCUGGUUCUCAAGCGUCUCGUUGACGAGAAUCUAUGCGAGUUCGUGGUAGCGCCGCAUUUUUUGUUUCUUGCGGAGACGAUGGAGAAGCGGGCACAAAUCGUUCACAAAUUUCAGAAAAUUAAGCUCUGUGCUCAAAAUUUCAGGGUCUCCGAUGCAUCUGCUUCAGGAGAAGAGGUGAAGGAGAGUAGCAGCCACCUGGAAUCGAUGACUGGGGUGGCCAAGGAGGAGAAGGAAGCGGAGGAAGGGAAAGAUGUUGAUGCCGAUUGCCUUAAUAAAAACGGUUUUCAGUAUGUCAUCGUAGGAAAGAGACAGAGACGUGAUUUGGACUGCCCGGAGGAAGUUGGGCGGAAAGUGUCGGUGGCACUGCGAAAGGGUCUGAACGUGAUAGCUUGCGUAGCUGACAUAAGUGGCAUUCGGGGAUGCAGGGAGCAGUUGGAGAUUAUACGAUCCGCUGUGGAGAGCGCGGCGAAAGUUGGACAAGCAGUGGGCAGACGGACGUACUGGAAGGACAACCUAGUUAUUGCCUACGAGCCUGUAUGGACAAAACGGGAGGAGUACACGACGUCGACGUCAUUGCCGCGGCUGCCGCGGUCCGAGCGCACGACCUACUUGCGGUUGAUGGUUUCUUUCAUCAGAAGCUGGAUUGCUACAGAAGUGUCUUUUGAAGCAGCUCAAACCACUCGGAUCGUAUACGCAGGUUCGCGUGUGGAUAAGAUGCACGAUAGCGUUGCCAGAGAAAUCCCAUCUCUUGAUGGUCUGCUGUUAGAAGGAGAAGACGGACCAGACGAACCUUACGUCCGUGGAUGGGUCCAAACGGCCAGGCUCAUACAGACGGCAGUGCAGGAAAGAGCCCGUGUAGCAGGGUGAGAGCGGGGAGUAGGUUAUCGACAAUAAGGAGGGACAUCAGCUAAUGGGAAGGUCCGCUGACCUCGCACAGUCGUGGAGAGGCGAGUUUCCCGGCGCUCUUGUGCCGCGAUAGAGGGUUGUGAGGGCGGAAGUCCUUCACGCUCUGUUGCUACUAGGAGGCAUAUUGAGCUGGAUCGCCAAGAGGGGAUCUUCACAGAUGGGUCGGCUAGAACGAUAUCUGAGGGAGGGAGAGAGAGAGAGAGAGAGAGAGAGAGUAGUGAGAGAGAGAGUCGGCAUAGGUGGCAUUCGACGACAUGCCCCGUCU